GCCAAUGCACUUCCUGAUCCCCUGCAGGCACUGACACCGGAGCUGAACAUUCACACACCAGCAACAUGCUCUUAUUUUACUACAUACAUACUUUUCUUAUAACUACAACUAUUUUCUUACAAGGAAGCCACUGUGAAAACAGUAGACCAUUUCUCAAAUACUAUGAGACGCUAUCAUACGACAGGACGAGGCUUCUUCAAAGUCAUCAGCGAUCCAAAAGAGCUACGAAUGAAGAGAAAACAAUAGUAACUCUGGAUCUUGCAGCCUAUAAACGAAAAUUUGCACUGAUGUUAAGAAGAGACAGCAGCGCAUUUGCAGAUGAUUUCACUGUCAUGUCACAUGAUCAGCCGCUGCCGGUGGAUAUCUCUUUUCUCUACAAGGGGAGACUCUCAGAUGAGGAUGACUCGUUUUGUCACGGUUCCAUCAUCGAUGGCUAUUUCCAUGGAUCCAUCCACACCAAGAAUGGCACCUUUUAUGUUGAAUAUGAAGAAAAUCACAACGGGUCACUAGAUUCCUAUAUGUAUCAUGAGUCAGACAUCGACUACUCCCUUUUAAAAGAUGUGGGCUCCUUUGACCUGGCAUUAAAAAAAUACACAUUUUUGGAGAAUAUGAGAUGGAAACUAAAGGAGGAAUCUGUCAACAGACCUAAAAGAAGUUUGGAUUUAUCUCGUACAUCGUGUCUCCUCCAUCUGAAGGCUGAUUACUACUUUUUUCGGAGUUUUAGAAACCUACAAGCAGCAAUUGCUCAGAUUGCUGGAUAUUUGAUGGCUGUGAACACAAUAUUUGAGCAAGUGAAUUUCAACGGCAUUAAGUAUAUUAAUUUUAAAGUGAAAGUGUUAAAUAUAAUGCAGGAGGAGCAGCCGGACAGCCCCCUGAAUUCUCCAUAUAUCGGGAUAGAAAAGCUGCUGAUGCUGCAUUCCAGUUCCAACUGGAACCACGUCUGCCUCUCCUACCUGCUGACAAACCGCGACUACAGCGGCACUCUGGGGCUGGCCUGGAUUGGGAGAACAGGAAAUUUGGGAGGAAUAUGUUCGAAGUUUGCUAAGAUGCAAAACAGCACAGAAAAGGCGUGUCUGAAUACGGGAGUGGUGACGAUCCAGAAGUACGGGCAGUACCUACCUCCCAGAGUCAUCCAUAUCACCCUGGCACAUGAACUGGGACACAGCAUGGGCUCUCCUCACGACGAAGACGCCGAAUGCGCAAAAUACGCCGUGAGCAGUCCGUAUGGAAAUUAUUUGAUGUUCCCGCGUGCCGUGGAUGGAAAUCAGUACAACAACGACAAGUUUUCUCCUUGUUCCGUCCAUUAUAUUUCCUCUCUCCUGAAAACAAAGAAGGAUCAAUGCUUUGUGGAGAGUGACCGGCCAACGUGCGGUAACCAAAUCGUAGAAGCCGGGGAACAAUGCGACGUGGGGAUGAAUGACAAUGACACCUGUUGUUACAGUGCCAAUGCUGGAGAGGGUCUGCAGUGUACACUGAAACCAGGAAAACAGUGCAGCAAUUCCCAAAAGAUAUGCUGCAGCCAGCUGUGUGAACUCCGACCCAAAGGCGAGCGCUGUCGGGAUGAGGCGGAAUGCACUUUUGAAAAUUCCUGCACGGGGGAGUCCGCCAAAUGCCCCAUUUCCACCCCAAAGGGGAACUACACCUUGUGCAACUACGGUACCAGAAUAUGCCUGAAUGGGAAAAACAUCCUUGACCUCUGUGUGGAAGCAGCGGUCUCUCUGCACAUGUCCGACAUUCAGAGUCAGAGCUGGAGCUCUCCAAUCAGCAGGGAGUGUGACGCCUCUUCCUGCAAAAGUACCAAAUCUGCAGAACUGUCCCACCUGUUCAAUCGAGCUGUAAUAGUCCUUCCUGCGGGUGCACCUUGUGGCGCUAGGCAAGGCUACUGCGACAAAUUUCAUAUCUGUCGCUUUGUCGAUGCCGAUGGCCCUAUAGCCAGGCUGAAGAAUUCUUUCCUGAGGGUGAUAGAGCGGGACCCAGCGGCGUGGAUGAAGACACGCUGGUGGGCCAUACUCCUCAUUAUAUUGUCCAUUGCAGCUUUGAUGGCUGGAACCAUUUUUAUUUUUGGCAGAACGCUUGACUCCAAUAAAGAGAUCAGUUGCGGGGAGGUGCAGAAGAGACGAGGAGUCAUCCAUACGAUACAAUGGGAGAUGAUGAUAUCUGAAAUCAUGGAGGACAUGGCGAGUGUAUUUCAGGAAGAAGACAUGGCUGGCUACACGUUUCAUUCAGAAGAUGGGAUUUGUGUUAUUUUCAGCUCGGGCAACAGAAACAAGCGUUACAUGCUGAAGAGCAAACACUUCUAUUGUCCUUUUUGA